AUGAAGAUAUCCAAUUGGCCAUGUCUCCUAAUGCCCACCUUCUGGUGGAAUUUGUCGAGCCCUGCAGGUUAUCCACCGCAGACAGUCACUUGCCCUCUGGGCCCCUUGACACGAAGUGCUUCCACGGGACUCAAUCCAAACGAGUCGAGCUAUAUGGAGUCGAGAUACGCUGUUGCUAAAGAGAAUCUCAGGACAUACUUGAACUCAGCCAAACUUGAAGACUUCAACGUUGAUGGGUUCUUGAUGGAUGCCAACCCCACCAUCGGGUUGGCUUUCUCGGGAGGAGGAUACAGAGCACAACUUGUUGGAGCCGGGGAAUACGCCGCGUUGGACUCGCGAACUUGUGUCACGAAUGGAGUUGGUCUAGGUGGGAUAUUGCAGCUGUCAAACUACAUUGCAGGUUUAUCGGGAGGAGCGUGGUUGGUUGGUUCUUUGGUCAGCAACAACUUGUUUACUAUUGACAACAUGUUGUCCCAGGACAUCCUAUGGAACACCCUGAACUCGGUCUUGGACUUUUACGACAACUUGCUUGAAACAUUGGAAAUGUGGGUGUUGAUUGCUUUGCAGGUGGAGUCAAAGGAAGACGAAGGGUUCUCUGUGAGCAUCACCGAUUUCUGGGGUCGAGCCUUGAGCUACCAGCAGUUGGCUUUCUUCCCACACGAAGGUGCUGGUUUCCUGUUUCCGAAAGUAAUGGAAGUCCCCGUUUAUCGAGAUUUUUAUGCCCCCUUCCCGAUCUUGGUUGCCGAUGGAAGAGAACCAAACACGACGAUUGUCAAUCUCAACAGUACUGUGUUUGAAUUGACUCCAUUCGAGUUGGGAAGUGGCGAUCCGUCCUUGGAGUCAUUUGUGCAAGUACAAUACUUGGGAUCGGAGUUGGAUGGGGGUUUCCCAAGUGGCCGCUGUGUAAAUGGUUUCGAUAAUGCCGGGUUUUUCAUUGGCACGUCGUCGUCCUUGUUCAACGAGAUUCUCAUCACGAUUAAUCAGGAGUACAUUCCGGUAUUUUUGCAAGAUAUAAUCGAGGAGGUACUCAUCAAUCCGUUUGAAAAAUUGAAUGUUGAUGUUGCCCACUACAGUCCGAACCCAUUUUAUGUCAGCGGCCAAAAUGGAAAUAUGUCGAGUCCAAUAGAAGCCUCUGAAACAUUGUUUUUGGUUGACGGCGGUGAGGACGGCCAGAAUGUUCCGUUGGUUCCCCUUUUGCGGCGCAACUUGAGUGCUGUUUUUGCCUUUGACAACUCGGCCGACGAAAACAACUGGCCAGAUGGCACGGCAUUGAUUCUGACCUACGAACGGCAAUUCACCCCGCAAGGUGGCGAUAUAGCGUUCCCCUAUGUUCCAGGCCAAAGCACGUUCAUCAACCUAGGCUUGACGUCAAAGCCUACAUUUUUCGGAUGCGACGCAAGCAAUUUGACCUCGCUAACCGCAGACAUUUACAACGUGCCCGUGGUGAUCUACAUUGCAAAUCGCGCCUUUUCCUUUUCGUCAAAUACCUCAACGUUUCAGUUAGAGUACAGUAUUCCAGAAAGGAAUGCGAUGAUCACGAACGGGUUUGAAGUUGCCUCGAGGAUGAACGGCACUCUAGACGAAGAAUGGGCAGCGUGCGUGGGGUGUGCUAUUAUCCGAAGAGAGCAGGAACGGAUGAACAUGGUCCAAACAGAGCAGUGCAAAAAGUGCUUUCAAGAGUACUGUUGGAACGGCACCGUUUAUGAAACGUCAUGA